AUGGCUCGAGGUUCCACUUCCAACAGCGCCGCAAAACAACGAUCGACCCUUCCCGCGGCGGCAGAGGGCGAUGGAUCGAGGGCGAAUUUCCCCCUCAUCCCGGAGGCUGACGAGAAUGUCGAGCCUGGUCCGCCUAGUCCUGCUUCGAAGCGGGAGGCAGUCCGCAGACGCUCGGCGCACUUCGCGGGCUUAGUGCUAGCAGCUAUGGUGGGGUGCCUGAUCCGACUCGGGCUAGAUGCGAUGGCUGCUUAUGACGGGCAAAUCAUCUUUGCCUUGGCCUGGGCUCAGGGAGUGGGAUGUGGGAUCAUGGGGCUGGCUUCCUCUCGCAAGGAUGAGAUCACAGGCUUCUACCCUCCGCUGUAUACCUUUAUUACUACUGGUCUUGCUGGAUCCGUGACCAGCUUCUCUGCGUGGAUGCUGGACGGCUACCAAUCAUUCAGCAACUUUGGCGGGUAUCAACGCAGCGGGUUCCAUAGCAGUGUUGAUGGCUUUGCGUACAGCUUCGCAACUAUGGCAAUAGCUAUUGGCUGUUUAUACUGGGGCGAGCAUGUGUCGCGGUGUCUACCAUCUAUAUCUGAUAUCCACCGACAUCUUCGACGGCCCGCUCGUCCCGCUGCAUCCGAAAAACUGCCAACGGCCACCCCUCGCGGAUCGUCCUCGACCACAUCUUCCGCUGGAUCCCACUCCCACUACAGCCUCCGACCCCGUACCCAACUCAUACUCGACUAUCUCCUGCUCCUCUCCGCUGUCCUCUGCUACCUCAUCGCCCUCCUUGUCUACUUCCUCGGCCCCUCGUCCUGGCGGCUCAAAGCGACCUUCCCCAUCCUCCUCUCCCCUCCCGGCGCGAUGCUGCGCUUCUACCUCGCAGACUUCAACUCCAAGGGCCCCUUCACCGGUCGCUUUCCCCUCGGUACAUUCGUCGCCAACAUUGGCGGUACGCUGCUCAUGGGCGGGGUCUACGCGGCGGAGUUCCUGCCCUCUAGUCAACGGUCGGGCGUGCAGUGCAAUGCGCUGUGGGCGAUUCAGCAGGGCUUUUGCGGAUGCCUGACCACGGUCAGUACGUUUGUGCUAGAGAGUCAGAGCAUCAAGAUGAAGCGGUGGACAUGGGUGUAUGUCGGGAGCAGUGUUGUGCUGGGGCAUCUGUGUAUCUUGGCUACGUUUGGGGCGGCGAGGAUGGCAGGAAGGCUAGGGGAGAGCAUCUGUAGCGCAUAG